AAUUUGCAACCCUAUAAGUUUUAAAAGUUAAAGUUAAUUUCAAAAAAAAAAAAUUAUGAUCAAAAUGAUCAAAAUAUGAGAUCACAUGAUGUGAGAUCACUUGAUGUGAGAUCACAUGAUGUGAGAUCACAUGAUGUGAGAUCACAUGAUGUGAGAUCACUUGAUGUGAGAUCACAUGAUGUGAGAUCACAUGAUGUGAGAUCAUAUGAUGUGAGAUCACUUGAUGUGAGAUCACAUGAUGUGAGAUCACAUGAUGUGAGAUCAUAUGAUGUGAGAUCACAUGAUGUGAGAUCACAUGAUGUGAGAUCACAUGAUGUGAGAUCACAUGAUGUGAGAUCACAUGAUGUGAGAUCACAUGAUGUGAGAUCACAUGAUGUGAGAUCACAUAAUGUGAGAUCACAUGAUGUGAGAUCACAUCCUGAUUGUUUUUUAGUUUUUUAUGUGAUCAAUUUGUGAACAUAACUUUUUAAAAGUUAUUAUUAUUGUUCAUUUGUGUUCAAUACAUUUUUGUAAUCCCAUGUUGUUAUAAAAUAUGACAAGUUGGUGAACUUUUGUUUUAAAAUAAAGAAAAAAAGCAUAAUCAUUUUUUUAAGCUACAUUUUCAAAACUAUAUUUAUUUUUUAAAUCUUUAUGUAGUAUUGUUUAUCUUGAGAAUUUAGAUCAUAUAUACUCCAGAAAGAAAAGUUCACAUGCUCAGUUUAUUGGUGUUUGAAUGUUUAUUUAUUACAUAUAUAUAUUACUUUUAUGCACAAUUUGUUUAUAUUCACCUAAAUUAAAUUAAGUUAACUAUUAUAUUUUAUUUAGUUUUAAUAAAAUUAAAAU